AUGAACCAGUACAGAAGCAGCAGCAGCUUUAGCAGUGUGGAAGUCGUGUCACAGUGCGAUGACCUUGUAAAUGAGAUUUUGCUUCGAUUGCCUCUACACUCCGUCUUCAAGUUCAAGUGUGUAUCCAAGACAUGGAACCGUUUGAUCUCUGAUCCUAUUUUCUGCAUCAAUUACCAGUCCCAGAGAAAGAAUUCUCCUCCCCCAUUGUUGGGAUUCUUUCGGGUUACUCUCACCAAUGAUCAGUCAAUACUUAAGCUUUCAUUCCUUCGAAAUUGUAAAGAAAGGAAAGUUACAAAGUUGGAUUACAUUGAAAACUAUUUAGUUAUAGAUAGUUCUCCUGAAGGCCUAAUACUAUGCAAUUUAGAAACGUUCCAGGGUUUCAAUUACUUCGUUUGUAAUCCCAUCAGAAACCAAUGGUUUGCUCUUCCUACACCAAACAAUGGACACGGUCUAUCCUUUGUGAAUUUGUCGUGUGAAGAAUGCAGCAAAGAUGGUGUGGUACAUUUCAAAGUAAUUGCAGCUUUCUUUGAGAAAGAGGAGCCAGCCACAUAUGACAGAUUACAUAUAGAAACUUUCUCUUCUCGAACAGGCGAAUGGAGUGAAUCAUUUCUCACUUCUCCAUCUGAAUUUUCACUUGGGAAGUCGUAUGGAGGUCAAUCAAUAGUUGGGAUCUUCUACUGGAAAGUUGGUGGUCAUUUCAUCGCUUAUGAUCCCAACAUGGGGGAAAAUCGUCUCUGGUUGAUAAGGUUGCCUGCUCGUUGCACCAAGAAAGAGCAUCAGCCAUUUAUGAAUUUUAUAUUGGGACAAUCACCGGAUGGUUGUGUACGGUUUGCCAUAGAUGACAGAGAUCAAUUCAUAGUCUGGGAUCUCAAAAAGAAGCUUUCUAGUUAUAGUUUAUGUCACACUAUACCAAGCAGUGAAUGGAUGCUGGAGGAAGUUGUGGGUUACAAGAUGUUGAACAUCAUUAACUAUCGCACCACUGGUGGUGAUCCUUACAUUCGUCAGCUUAAAAAAUUGCAUUGUUGUCAUUUGGGAAACGUGGAAGCAGAAAACAUUCUCGAGAAGGUUGCUGGAGUAAGCUUGGCAUUGCCAAUAGUCGUGGCGGGGUGCUGUCGUCAAUUGUGGUGGUACCGGGCUGCCGGUGGUGGUGGUGGUGUCGUCAAUUAUGAUGGAGGUGGUGGCUCUGGUAUUUCCGUUGUGGCAUUGAUUUUGGGAGUGGUUGUCAACUAG